UCUGCCCUCCCAUAGCUGCCACCUGACCUUCACUUUCACGGAGACUCCAGAAGGCGGACUGUCCGGGGCUUCAGGAAGGGAUGCAGCCACCGCUGCUGCUGCUGCUGCCGAAGCUGCUUCUGCUGUGGGGAGCAUCCCUGGCUCAGGACCCGUGGUACCAGCUGGAGCUACAGCAGAAUGUGACAGUGCAGGAGGGCCUGUGUGUCCUCGUGCCAUGCAAAUUUUCCUACCCCUGGAGCUCUUUUGGCACCUUCUCCGGGUUUUGGUUCCGGCAAGGGGCAGGUAAAAAACAUGCUCUGGUGGCCACAAACAGGCUGGGGCAGAAGCUGUCUGAGGGGUCCCAGGGGCGGUUCUUCCUCCUCGGGGAUCCCCAGGCCAACGACUGCUCGCUGAGCAUCAGAGACGUCACCACGGGGGACAGCGGGACAUACUUCUUUCAAAUAGAGACAAGCUUCCAUCAACACGCAUAUCAAGAUAGGCCGCUCUCUCUGGGUGUGACAGCCCUGACCUACAAGCCCCACAUCCUCAUGCCCGAGACCCUGGAGUCCGGCCGCCCCAGGCGCCUGACCUGCUCUGUGCCCUGGGCCUGUGAGCGGGGCACGCACCCCGUCUUCUCCUGGACCUCAGCUGCCCUCCCCGCCCUGGGCCCCAGGACCCCCCUCUCCUCCGUGGUCACCCUGACCCCACGGCCCGAGGACCACGGCACCAGCCUCACCUGUCAGGUGAUGUUCCCCGCAAGUGGCGUGACCGUGGGAAGGACCAUCCAGCUCAAUGUCACCUAUGCCCCACGGAACAUGACCAUCAGCAUCUUCCAAGGAAACAGAACAGCUCUCAAGAUUCUGCAGAACGCCUCCUCCCUGCCCGUCCUGGAGGGCCAGGCUCUGCAGCUGCUCUGUGUGGCCGACGGCAACCCCCCUGCACAGCUGAGAUGGUUCCGGGGGUCCCCAGCCCUGAAUGCCACCCCCAUCUCCAGCACCACAAUCCUGGAGCUGCCAGGCAUGGGGAUGGUGCCAGGAGAAGUCACCUGUCGGGCUCAGAACCCGCUGGGCUCCCAGAAUCUCUCUCUGAGCCUCUUGGUGGUCUACCCCCCACAGCUGCUGGGUCCCUCCUGCUCCUGGGAGGACGGGGGUCUCCAUUGCAGCUGUUCCUCCCGAGCCCAGCCCGCCCCCUCCCUGCGCUGGCGGCUGGGGGAGGGGCUGCUGGAUGGGAACUUCAGCAACGCCUCCGUCAAGGUCACCUCCAGCUCCACUGGGCCCUGGGCCAACAGCUCCCUGAGCCUGGGCGAGGGGUUCAGCUCCAGCCUCAGACUCAGCUGCGAGGCCCAGAAUGUCCACGGGGCCCAGGGCGCCACUGUCCUGCUGCUGCCAGGUAAACCACAGCCCAGGAUCCAGCAGACCCUGCCAGCAAUCGGAGGAGCUGGCAUCAUGGUCCUGCUUUAUCUCUGCCUCUAUCUCAUCUUCAGAUUGAAGAACCGCAGGAAAACCCAGCCAGUGCAAAGCCUGGAUGCUGUGAACCAAGCCGAGGACUCAGGCCCCAGGGAGCCACAGCCCCGGUUCUGGGCUGACACUGCAGCAGAGCACCCCGCGCCUGCUGGGGCUGGCUCGAGCCCAGGAGAGGGACAGGAGCUUCACUACGCUCUCCUCAGAUUCCACAGGCCGCAGCCACGGCCGCAGGAGCUGGAAGACACUCACACUGAGUACUCAGAGAUCAGGAUACACCAGUGAGCAAUUACUUUCCCACGGUCUGGAGACCGGACAUCUGCAAGCAGAUGGUGUCAGCGGGGUUGGUGUCCAGGCCUUGCUCCUUGGCCUGCAGGCGGCCACCUUCUCCUCCCUGGAGCCUCACGGGGUCCUCCCUCUGGGUGUGUCUGUGUCCUCCUAACUGCCUCUGCUUCUAGGGACACCAGAUAUUCUGGAUUAGGGACUGCCCUGAGGACCUCAUUUUAAUGGAAUUACCUCUUUCAAGCCCUGUCCUCAAAUACAGUCACAUUCCGAAUUCCCCAGGGGUUUGGACUUCGACUUA